GUGGCAUCCCCCAGUUCGCGGGGGCGGGGAGGGAGGAUCUCCUCCAUGGGGGUGCAAUAUGGGCGCUGAGCGCGGCAGCAGCGGGCCGCAGUGGGUGAAUGCGGCGGAGUGAAGAUAGACACACGACGGAAGAAGUGUGUGCGGCAGAGUGAAGACAGAUACACGACGAAAAAAGUGUGCGCGGCGCUCCUCUCCGGAGCACCUUCACAAAGGUGCGAUGUCCGAGGCGGUAGCGAAGAAGAGCCUGGAGCAGGAUGGUGAGGGCGGCUCCAGGAGGAGCAGCUGGGGGCUGCUGGUCACGGCUGGGGUCGGUGGGACUCUGGUGGCCCUCUAUGCUGUGGUCACCCCCUUUGUGACCCCAGCCCUGAGGAAGGUGUGCCUGCCCUUUGUUCCUGCAACUGCCACUCAGGUCCAGAAUGUGCUGAAAAUGUUGGAAAAUAGAAGUGGCCCCCUAGUUGACAUUGGUAGCGGGGAUGGCCGCAUUGUGAUAGCAGCUGCAAAAAAGGGAUUCAAAGCUGUUGGUUAUGAAUUAAAUCCCUGGCUAGUUUGGUACUCCAGAUACAGAGCCUGGAGAGAUGGAGUACAUCAGAAUACCAGAUUUUAUAUUUCAGACUUAUGGAAGGUUUCUUUUUCCCAUUAUACAAAUAUUGUUGUUUUUGGCGUACCUCAGAUGAUGCCACAGUUGGAGAAGAAGCUGGAAGAAGAACUUGAAUGUAAUGCCAGAAUCAUUGCCUGUCGCUUUCCUUUCCCCUGCUGGAUUCCAGAUCAUACUACUGGAGAGGGAAUAGACACUGUGUGGGCCUAUGAUUUGAAACAUUAUAGAAGAUGUGAAACAAAAAACUUGGAAAUUACACCAGAGAGAGGAUCCUAAACAACUAAUUUGUUUUUUAUAUUGAAAUUUUUAACUUUGACUUUACCUGUUGAAGAUAAGAUAGAGCCCCAGCAUAUGGAGAUAUAUAUAUUCACUUAAAGAACUGAAGUGCACUGAUUAUCUGAAAGCAAACAAAGGUUACUGAAAGAUGUAGUUAAAUGGCUUAAUGUAGUGUCCUGAUUUAACUCCAUCUGGCAAUGAAGUACCACACAGGUGUUUGCCCCAGUUCUCACACUCCCCCCAUGUCAUGGGAAGGAAAAUUGGGGAAAAGAUUAUACCCAUGGGUUGAGAUAACAAUAGUUUAAUAAUUGAAGUAAAUUUAAUAAUAUUAAAAAUUGCAAUGAAAAGAGAGACAGAAAAAGACAGGAGUAAAACCCAAGAAAGAUGAGUGAUCCACAAUACCAUUACUCACCCCUCAUUGACUGAUGCCCAGCCCAUCCCAGAGCAGUAAUUGGCCCUUCUGUGCCAACUCCCCCCAGUUUAUAUACCGGGCACAAUGGCAUGGAAUAUCCCUUUGGCUAGUUUGGAUCGGCUAUUCUGGCCAUGCACCCUCCCAGCUUCUUGAACGCCUUCUUGUUGUCAGGGCAUGGGAAACUGAAAAGUCCUUGGCUUGGGGCAGAUGCUGCUCAUCAUCAGCUAAAACACCAAUGUUACCAGCGUUAUUUUCAUCCUAAAUUCUAAACACAGCAUUCUACCAGCUACUAGGAAGAAAAUUAACUCUAUCCUAGCUGAAACAUGACAUGUAGCUAGUAAAAAUUAUGAGAAAGUUUUAUAGAAGCGGAAAGCUUUAAUAUGGAAAAUGGGAUAAAAACCACAGACCACUACUGUUAGGGGGAAUCUCUGUGUGAAUAAAAUGCUCAAAUUGGUGAACUUAAUAUAUUUGUUCUUUCUGAUCCUACGUAGCAUUUGGUGUUGGUGUUGGAAGCAGUGUGCAAGUGGCUUCUCAAAUGAGCUGUAGUUCCCAAAUGUCUUCAUUAUGUGGCAAGUAGGCAUAAUACUGCAUACACAAAACUGAUCCAAAUAGACUAUGAUGGUGAUACCAAUUGUUCACACCUGAGCCUUGAAUGUGUACCUUUAAUAGUUGAGUAUGAUAAAAGAAGCAAAUAUAAUAAGUUGUUUAUUCAUUAACGUAAGUACAGCCUCUCAUUAUAUUACUGAAUUUUAAUUUCACUUGUUAUGUGAAAACAAACUGCAGAAGUAUGCUCUUACUGAACUCUUAUUGGUAUAAGCCUUUGCAGAUGGCCAUAAUUUUUCCUAACCCCUCUGCUUCAGGAAGGGGUUUCAGAAGUCAUUUACUUGUCAGCGAAGUGUCAACAUUUCUGUGUGCUCAAACUUUGGAUAAAGGUAUGGAUGAGAGUUGCUUACUUGAAUGUUUGAAGGCUGUCUAUGAUUCCAGAGCUAGUUGUUCUGACUAGCUUGGCUAAAUCUGAUUGAACAUCAUUUAAUUUAUGAUGGGAGAUGAGACGGAAGGUUUUCAAUCAGACUUCUUUUUCCUUCUACUUUUCUAUACCAUCUGAUGAGAUCUCAGAAACCCAUGGUAUCUCUGCAUGGCUUUUCCUUCUAAGUGAAGCAAGUUCUCCGUGUCCUUUUGCCGAUGCUGGUUUGCAGUGGGGCACUGUCACUGCACUGGCAUUUUCCUUUUCUACCAUGGUUACAGCACUUUUCUGUUUUAUGAAACAGAAAUGUUUUAUAAAACAUUAUCUGCUUACUUGUUCUUUUUUCUGGUUCCCAAGUAAAGUUUUACUGUUUUCACCCAGUAACAAUUGGUCAAAGCCUCUCUUGGCCCCAGUUAACAUAUAGCCUGUUCGUUAAGCAGUGACUAUGUAAGUUUGUCAGACCUUUGCAUAUAUGAUACCCAUAGAAUGAAGUUAAACAAGCUAGGCAAUUGUCACCUGACUUCAAGGCAGUCGUUAUCACAACUAAAGUUAUCUCAGGCCAAGAGAAGUGCUGAGACUAUAAUUUCAGGUAAAUACAAAGUCUGUGACAUUUUGUUAUGUGUCAGGAGAGCAAAUUUGCUGGACAAUAGUAUCUGGCUUGAAGAGAAGUUGUGUGCUAUUUGAGAUGCAUAGCCUACAAUGAUACCAAUACUCAGGCUUUUUGGUUUUGGUUGAGGGGAGAGGAAGGAGAAUUUAAAAUUCAAAUCUACAUUGAGGAUUUGAAAUGGAGCAGUGGCAUGGUUUUGUCCUGAUAAGGUAUACAAAACAAGGAAAAAAAGGGGCAACUGUAUCUGGAGUCUGCAAAGGAGAGGUAAUUUCAGCCUCGCAUGGAAAGGCACAACUGUAAAUGUGGGGACUGUGUACUGAAGUACGUUGGUUCCUGGUAAGCAGGCUUCUACAGCCUUUCACUGCAAUGUUACAUAAAGCAUCUUGUAAAACUACACUAUAUUCUUUCUGUCAUGAUCUAAAUGUUAUGAUUAUUACACAGUGACAGCACAGUGGCUUAUCUAAAAUGGAUGAAUUUAAUAUCCCAAGGCUAUAAAACUGGAACCUUAGACAAAGGAAAUCUGAAAUUAUUUCUAUUGGAAAAAGACCACACAAAGUGUAAAUUAGCUAAUUAAGCAGGGUCCUUCCUCAAAUGAUUAUAAAGGAGAAGAGGACGAAAAAGAUUUUGAUCAGUUGAGUUGUGACCCAUCUGCAGUGCAGUGCUUUGACCCAAGUUUCUGCAGCACUGUUCACUACAGUUAUUUUGUAGGAAAUGAAGCAGCUGUUUGCUUUUUCUUCUGUGUCUGACUAUAUAUUUUUCUAUUGCAUUAAUGUUUGCCUGUUAACAGGUAAAACUGAAUUUCUCAUUUCUACCUGUGGUAAUGGUUUUGGGAUGUGCACUUCUUAAUUACCACCUACUGCUCCAGAAAUACUUGUUAAGAGGGCAAAAUAGAAUUAAUGAUGUGAUGGUCUGAGCUUUAGGAGAACUAAGUGCUGCCAUCAAGGCAAGGAGAAAUUUUUAAAUGUUUUAAUGUAAAGCAGAGGGCUGUUUCUUCCUCUGGCCACUUACAUUUGGGGGCCUACAUUGAAAUAGCAGUGGUCUGAAAGUUUGGAAUUCCUUACAACGUAAGGAAAUGUGCUGUGUUUCCUGUUUCCAUGGCUUAGAUGUGAAAUGGAAAGCAAAUUGCUCUAAUUUACACAGGAGAACUGGGAAAUCAUUUUCUCAUCAUUUUGGCCUCAAUUUUUCUAUCACUUGCUAUGUUCUCCAUUUGGUUUGCAAGAUUAAAUACUUAACUGUGACUUCAGCUAUCACUGUAUGGAUUCUUAUGUUGAUACAUUUCCAAUUGCUAAGGUAAUGUAUUAUGAUUUUGUUGAUAUGCUACUUCACAGUACAAAUUUGUUUCUUCUGAAAACCAGGAAAGAGAACAGCCCUUAUCGAAUUACAAUGUAGGUCUGAAGCCAAAAAGAGGAAAUCUUCAAGGUACACAUGCUGUUCAAUACCAAAGUAAUUCAGAUACACAGAAAAAACCAUAGUUUAUUUUUAUUUGUAUCUUCUAGUAGAAUCACUUGCCUUUCGGGAGUUACAUGUUUUAUUCUCUCCUUGCCCUGCCAGAUCUUAGCAAAAAAAGUUGUUACAUUAUUGAACGAGUAAUUCUUUCCUGAAAUACUGUAGAAUUUGAUUUUUUUGCAAAUAAUACAGGUCAGAGUCAGACUUUCAUUUUUGGUUUUUUUUUGGUUCUUCCCUCUCCUCUCCCCUCUUUUUCUUUUCUUCUUAUAUUGCGACACAUUAUGUCCCCACAAGUUUUGUGAUGCAAGAUAAGUUGUACCAAUGCAUCAUCUGAGUGCUGCAAUUCUAACUUUUUAGUUUCCCGUUUCCAUUUUGCAUAAAUUGGCUUUCUAGGAAAAAAAGAGAGGGUUAUGGCUACAAGAGAGCCAUCUGUUAGGCAGCUUGCUCGUUAUACUGCACGGUCACUACAGCCACACAGCAGUGUCAACAAAGCCUGCCUGGUUUUGUUUGGGAAAUAUACGCAUAUAAUGUGACUUUUAGGCAUUUCUGUAUCACUGGGUAUAUAGAAGUUCUUGGCUUAUCCUCUAGUCUGAGUAUAUUCUGUCAGUUAAUCUAAUGCUGCUCCAAUCCUCUGAGCUGCUGUUUAUUUCUGUCAUGAGUUGUAACCAGGUAAGAAGAUACAGAAUCCACUUUCAAAUAAAGCACCACAUUUCACAAAUCAGUUGAAUGAGUAUGAUCUGUGGAAAAAAGUUUCAAAGCUCAGGCUUUGGGGAAGUCUUUUACCUUCCAUGAAGGACAGACACCUUUCAGAAGGCAAUAGAGAUCUGAAUUCUGGAUAUUUUUUUAAAAAACUACUUGAGCUUUGCUUUUCUCAAGUGUGUGUUCUUCAAAAUUUUUAGCACCAUAAUACCAUUCUAAGAUCUGUAGGGGAAGUGAGCAGGGGCAACAUUUUGGUUAUCUUUCAUAUUUUGAGCUGUAGGAGGAAAGGAGGAAAGGGAUCUUAUGGACCAAGUAUGGCAGUUUUGUCUGUUUCAAGGGCAGUUUGACAGACUUGCCCAUCAUCUGUGCAUACUUCUCAUUGAACAGGAAAAUCCAUACUAAGAAUAGGCUGUGAUGAGAAUGCACUUAGACGUGGAUUCAUGUCUGAUACCAUUACACUUGGACAAACUAUGGAUAGAUUUCUUCAUACUUCUAUAGUUUUGCUUUCCAUGGUUUACAAAUACUGAAGCAUUUUUUCAAAAAAGGACAUGAAUCCUUCCAAGUAAUGGUUCAGUUUUAGGUUGUCCUGUGCAGGGCUAGGAGUUGGACUUCGAUGACCCUUAUUGGUUGCUUCCAACUCAGGAUAUUCUAUGAUUCUACGGUUGAAGAGGGCAGCCUAAUAUCAGAUUUAAUGCCAGAAAUUCUGCUUUGACUGAUUUAUUUUUCUUUUACAUUUGACAAGAUUGCAGUUCUCUAGGUUUAAAAUGUAGACCCAACUUGUGUUCCAGAAGUAAUAUAUGUCUCUUCUAGAAGAUUUCUUGAAUUCUUGGUAAAACAGUGUGGCAGCUAUGUCUAACUUAAAAAUUACCUUUGAGUGAGAUUACUGAAUAUAUUAAUUCUGCAGCUUUUUGCUUUGCAUGAUAAUCUUUCUUUUCACCCUUGUAUGUUUUACUGAGGGAGACUUAUACAAGGAUAACUACAAUUUUUUCCCAUUUUGUUUCUGAAUUCUGCCUCUUUAUUUGUUUGCUUUUAUUUUUUCAUAUUGUCUUUUUACAAUUUGACUGUUUGACUUUCAGAUCUUCUAAUUUCCUUUUAUUUUUUCCUGUAAAUUAGGGGUUUUUUGGGGGUGACUGGUUUUUUUUUGGUGUUGUUUUUUUCCCCAGCAACUUUCAGGAAGACUAAAUAUGUUAUGGAAUGUUCUUUUUCUCUCUAAUGUUUUAACAUGCAUUUGACUAACCUUCUUGAUUUAUUUAGCAGUCUGUAUGCUGACAUAGCAUGACUUUUGUUUCCAGUGGAUGAAAGAAAAACACAUCCACCCCAAUGGUAUUUAGAUUGAAAAAUAGCUUUGGUCUACAACAAUUCUGGUUAUUUAGGAGUUUUAAGUACCUAAUUUCACUUUUUUAUUAUAUUUCACCACUUGGCAAAUGAAUACAGGCUUUUUAUCCCUUCAGUAGUUCUUUGGAUUUGUGUUAUUUGUUCAGGUGGGACUUUUGCUGACUUCUUUUUCUUAGUAUAAUAUUGGGGUUUCUAUUAGGGGCUUUGGUUGAAAUGUCAGAUGAAUGUUUUUUCUGCAAGUUGCUGUAUAGACUGUAUAAUCACUGUGAUGCAAACCAGUGAACUGCUAACAUUGGUAAAAAUGAAAUAAAACCUGCUUACCAGUAAA